AUGAGUCAGGUGCAAAAAGGGAUCGUCGCUGAUCCCGCACUCCAAGCAGAAUGGUCCAAAAAACGUUUGGUUUGGGUACCACACGAAACAGAAGGCUUCGUUGCGGGUGUUGUGAAAGAGGAUCGUACCGAUGAGGUGGUCGUAGAAAUUGCUGAAACGGGCAAGAAAUUGACGUUAAGCAAAGAUGAUAUACAAAAAAUGAAUCCACCAAAAUUCGAUAAAGUGGAAGAUAUGGCUGAAUUGACGUGCCUUAACGAAGCAUCUGUGCUUCACAAUCUCAAGGAACGAUAUUUCUCAUCACUUAUUUAUACUUACUCCGGUCUAUUCUGUGUGGUCAUAAAUCCUUAUAAGAAGUUGCCAAUCUAUUCGGAAGCGUUAAUUGAGGCUUUCAAAGGCAAGAAGCGUCAUGAAAUGCCACCGCACAUAUUCGCCAUCACCGAUACCGCAUAUCGUUCGAUGCUACAAGAACGUGAGGAUCAAUCCAUUUUAUGCACUGGUGAAUCAGGCGCGGGUAAAACAGAAAAUACGAAAAAAGUGAUUCAAUACCUAGCUUAUGUGGCUGGUGCAACAAAGAGCAAGACGCCAUCCUCACCAGCAAAGCCGAGACAUGAUCUCGAGAACGUUAUCGGUGAAUUGGAAAAUCAACUGCUGCAAGCGAAUCCAAUUUUGGAAGCGUUCGGCAACAGCAAAACCGUUAAGAAUGACAAUUCAUCGAGAUUCGGCAAAUUCAUUCGUAUUAAUUUCGAUAUGUCUGGCUAUAUAUGUGGCGCUAAUAUCGAAUUUUACUUGCUGGAAAAAUCAAGAACUUUACGCCAGGCGGCUGAUGAACGAUCAUUCCAUAUCUUCUAUCAGUUUCUACGCGGUACAUCUCCCACCGAAAAGGAUAGUGAAAUUGAUGCGCUUGAGUUGCUGAAGAAAUCGAAAUGCAAACCGAAGAGAAAUAUUGCAUUAAAUCUCCUCCAAACAGCUUUCUCGUUUUUAGCAAACUUCUUACUCGAAGAAGUCGAUAAGUAUCGAUUCUUGAACAAUGGUUAUAUUUGUGUGCCAAACGUUGAUGAUGCUACCGAAUUCCACAAUACGAUUCGAUCGAUGAAAAUUAUGGGCUUCAAUAAUGACGAGAUUACUUCUGUUCUUCGUUUGGUAUCAGCGGUUCUUCUUUUCGGCAAUAUGGAAUUUUUCCAAGAAAAGAAAUCUGAUCAAGCAAUUUUACCCGAUGAUAGAGUCGCUCAAAAAUUGUGUCAUCUAUUGGGACUGCCACUUGUCGAAUUCACAAAAGCGUUUCUAAGGCCUCGUAUCAAGGUUGGAAAAGAGUUCGUGCAUAAGUCACAAAAUAAGGAACAGGCUGAAUUCGCGGUUGAAGCAAUUGGAAAGGCAUGCUACGAAAAAAUGUUCUGCUGGUUGGUUGGAAGACUCAACAAAUCACUGGAUCGAACGCGACGAACAGGCGCUUCAUUUAUCGGUAUCCUCGAUAUCGCUGGUUUUGAGAUUUUCGAGUUGAAUUCAUUCGAACAAUUAUGUAUAAAUUACACAAACGAAAAGUUGCAACAAUUGUUCAACAAUACGAUGUUCAUACUGGAACAGGAAGAGUAUCAGCGAGAGGGUAUCGAUUGGAAAUUCAUCGAUUUUGGCCUUGAUCUGCAACCAACAAUCGAUCUUAUUGAGAAGCCAAUGGGCAUAUUGGCAUUGUUAGAUGAACAGUGUUUGUUCCCGAAGGCAACCGAUAAAUCACUGGUCGAGAAGUUAUUGGUGAAUCACGCUAAACACCCAAAAUUUGUGAUUCCUGAAAUGAGAGCCAAAUCUGAUUUUGCGGUGAUUCACUACGCCGGCAGAGUGGAUUAUUCGGCUGAUCAAUGGCUCAUGAAGAACAUGGAUCCACUCAACGAGAACGUUGUCGCACUCUUCCAAAACUCUUCUGAUCCAUUCGUUUUUAGUAUAUGGAAAGAUGCUGAAUAUGCGAGUAUUUCUGCGUCUCAACAGAAUCAAACUGUUUAUGGAACAAGAACCAAGAAAGGUAUGUUCCGAACAGUCAGUCAAAUGCACAGAGAGCAGUUGACACGCCUGAUGACCACUCUUCGAAAUACAAAUCCUCAUUUCGUUCGAUGCAUCGUUCCGAAUCACGAGAAGAAGGCGGGUAAAAUCACAUCAAUGCUUGUACUAGAGCAACUGCGAUGCAACGGUGUUCUCGAGGGUAUUCGAAUAUGCCGUCAAGGUUUCCCUAACCGUGUACCCUUCCAAGAGUUUCGUCAUCGUUAUGAAAUUCUCACUCCAAAUGUCAUACCAAAAGGAUUCAUGGAUGGUAAAGAAGCUGUAAGGAAAAUGGUCGAUGCCUUAGAAUUAGAAUCGAAUUUGUAUCGGAUCGGUCAAUCGAAGAUCUUUUUCCGUGCUGGUGUCUUGGCACAUCUUGAAGAAGAACGCGAUUUGAAGCUAACAGAUUUGAUUGUGUCGUUCCAAGCGCAGUGUCGUGCCUUUCUCGCCAGACGUCUCUAUCAAAAACGUGUGCAGCAAUCGAAUGCGAUUCGUGUGCUCCAAAGAAAUGGUUUGGCAUGGCUUAAGCUUAGGAAUUGGCAGUGGUGGCGUUUGUUUACUAAGGUGAAACCGCUGUUACAAGUGACCAAUCAAGAAGCAGCAAUAGCAGCCAAAGAUGAAGAAUUGAAAGUUGUUAAGGAGAAGCUUGCAGCGAGAGAAUCUGAGUUUCUGGAAUACGAAAAACGCAUUCAACUGCUCAGUGAAGAACGGGCAGUUCUACAGAAACAACUUCAGCAGGAAAGUGAUGAACGGGCAGAGGCUGAUGAACGUCGUGAACGUUUAGCGGCGAAAAAGGAUGAACUGGAAGAGAUGUUGAGUGAAUUGAAUUCAAAAAUGGAUGAAAGUGAAGAGCAACUAGGGAAGACAUCCGAAGAGAAGAAAAAACUGCAGGAAACCGUCCGGGAUUUAGAGGAGCAGUUGGAGGAAGAGGAACAAGCCAGACAAAAGUUGCAGCUCGACAAGAUGAAUGUCGAUCAGAAGUGGAAAAAACUCGAAGAAAAGCAUGCUGAGUUGUAUGAUUCAUUCGAAAAGUUGAUGAAAGAGAAGAAGAAUCUGGAAGAGCGUACUAUACAGUUGUCAAAUCAAGUACUUGAAGAAGAAGAAAAGGCUAAACAUAUGGGCAAACAACGAUCUCGUGUUGAGGUGUCAUUGCAUGAGCUCGAGCAAGAGCUUCAAAAAGAGAAACAGGCAAAAGUUGAAUUGGAUCGUAUAAGACGAAAAUUGGAAGCCGAAGCAGAGGAACAAAAGGAAUUGCUAGAAGAGAAACGAAACAAGCUGGAAGAGUUGAAUUCAUUGUUGAGCAAGAGAGAAGCCAGUUUGACAGUCCUCCUCACAAAAUCAGACGAAGACAAUGCCAAUAAUGUGGCGCUGCAGAAGCAAAUUCGUGAGCAGGAGUCAUUGCUCGAAGAGCUGAAAGAAGACCUGGAGAAUGAGAAAAGCUUACGAGCCAAAGCAGAAAAAAGUCGUCGGGAUCUCAACGAUGAUCUGGAAACACUUCGUACCGAAUAUCUGGAAGCGGCUGAUAAAACGGCUGUUUCACUAGAAAUUCAGAAAAAGAAAGACGACGAACUCAAAGAACUCAAGCGAUCUCUUGACUCCAUGGCUGCUGCAAGUGAGGGAAAGAUCGAAGAGGUGAAACAAAAAUACCAACGACAAAUUGAGGAUCUCAGUGAGCAGAUGGAGCAACACAAGCGAUUGCGUGCUCAAGCCGAAAAAUCGCGUAAUGCGAUCGAUGCGGAGAAGAGUGAGUUAGCCGCCGAACUGGCCGCAAUGCAAUCGGCUCGAGCCGAAGCGGACAAGAAGAGAAAAUUUGCCGAAAGCUCUGCAGUGGAAAUGACAGCACGUUUCAACGAACUAGAAACUGCAAAAUUGCUUGCCACACAACAGCUAGCUAAAGCUCAAAAUGAAUUGGAUGCAAUCGUGAAGCAAAAAGAAGAUGAUGAACAGAAUUUGUCAGCAUUGUUGAAGAAGAUUUCACUACUUGAACAACAGUUGGCUGAUGCACAUGAUCAGUUACAAGAGGAGACAAAAAGCAAGUUGGCCAUACAGUCACGUGUUCGUGAACUCGAAGAUGAAAUUGCUGAAUCGGCUGAAUUACGUGAAGAGAUGGAAUUGAAACGUAAAGAACUCGAAGCGGUUCGUUUUUAUUUGCGUAUCUAUCCGGAAGGUUUGCAGCAAAUUGAGUCGUUACGUGCGUCUUUACUGGAAGCACGUAAGAAGGCUGAUGAGGAUGCACUGCAACAAAUGGAAGAACUGAAAAAGAAGGCCCAACGUGAUCUUGAGAUCGCUCAACAGGCACUAUCUGAAGCUGAACUUGCACGCGAUCGUUCCGACCGCUCGAAAAAGAAAUUGCAGCAAGAGGUCGAAGACACUAAUGUAGAGCUGAACAACAUUAGAACAUACGCUCGUGAUAUGGAGAAGAAGCAGCGCAAAUUCGAUCAGCAACUUGCCGAGGAACGUGGCAAUCUUCAGAAGGUUUCAGCCGAACGCGAUACAUAUGCACAAGAAUCGCGCGAUCGCGAAACACGAAUACUAUCGUUGAAUAACGACCUAGAAGAGCUGCGUUCACAAUUGGAAGAAUCUGAACGAAUGAAACGCUUGCUUCAGAUGGAAUUGGAUGAGUCGGUUUCGACAAAAGAUGAUGUUGGAAAAAGUGUUCAUGAACUUGAAAAAGCAAAGCGACAACUCGAACUGGAAUUACAAGAGCAAAAAGCACAAAUCGAAGAACUUGAAGAUGCAGUACAAAUUGCUGAAGACGCUAGACUUCGACUUGACGUCAAUCUACAGGCACUAAAAGCAGAACAAGAGCGUGCUCUGGCGACUAAGGAGAAAGAAAGUGAAGAGAAACGUAAAUCUCUUUUUAAGCAAAUUCGUGAUCUCGAAACAGAAUUGGAAAAUGAGCGUCGCGGGAAGUCUGGUGCAGUAUCACAGCGCAAAAAGAUGGAAUCGCAAAUGGCAGAGUUGAGCCAACAGCUAGAGGUUGCGAAUCGUUUGAAAGACGACUACAAUAGACAGUUGAAGAAGUAUCAGCAAAUGAUGAAAGAACUGCAACAUGACUGUGAAGAGGCACGUCAAGCCAAAGAGGAGUUGGCUGCAUCGGCACGUGAAAUUGAACGCAAACUUCGAUCGGUCGAAUCGGAAAACGUACGUCUGGUGGAGGCUAAUGAGAUGUUGACUAAUCAGAAACGACUGCUGGAGGCUGAUCAAGAUGAGUUGGAAGAGUUACGUGGACGGGGUGGAAGCCUGAAUAUCGACGAAAAGAGACGAUUCGAAUCGAAAAUCGCUGCACUUGAAGAGGAAAUCGAAGAGGAACAAAGUAACAUUGAACUGGCAACGGACAAGCAACGUAAAGCACAGCUUCAGGUUGAACAAUUAACUACUGAACUCUCAAUGGAACGCUCUCUGUCACAGAAAUUAGAUGCAGAGAAGCAGGCUUUGGAACGAGCGAAUCGUGAAUUGAAGGGUAAGGUAUCCGAACUUGAAGCAUCAACACAGUCACGCGCUAGGGCUCAGCUUGCCGCUCUUGAAGCGAAAAUACAGUACUUGGAAGAGCAAUACAAUGCAGAAACACUGGAACGUACGAAUGCAGCUCGACAGUGUCGUCGUCUUGAAAAGCGCCUCGCUGAUGCUAUUUUGCAGUUGGAAGAUGAGCGUCGCAAUACGGAACAGCAUAAAGAACAAGCUGAUCGAGCGAACGUUAGAGCACGUCAGUUACGAAGACAACUGGACGAAAUGGAGGAAGAAAUGGCUCGUGAACGAACAAAAGCGCGUAAUUUACAGAGGGAGAUUGAUGAUUUGAAUGAGGCAAACGAUACACUCGCUAGAGAUAAUACAACCCUUCGUGGUCAGCGACGUCCACCGCGUGAUACUCUUCUAGGUGGACGACGAAUCCAUAACAUCCGUAAUAGUAGUCCUCACGAUGACCUCGAUAGUAUUGGCACUGAAGGUUCGGAUUUGACCGACGAUCUUAAGCGUGGUUUACCGUUAAAGGAAUAG